CGGGGACGGAAGUGAACCCUGUCACCGCUUUGCUUCUGCUGCCUUUGGCGUUUUGUGUUAGCCUGGAAGCUAACUACACUGUAGCUUCCUGCGCUAGCCACGGAACCCAUUGACAGCAGCCGGUCCACGGGGCGAUGGAUCCGAGGUGACCGCUGACAUGAGCGGACAUUACGGCCACACACACAUGGGAGCACGGCUACACACAAUGGUAGACGCUGUGGUCCGUGACGGGUGAUAGCAGCAGGUGGCUAAUGCUAGCGCUAGCUGUUGUGAACGCAGCCUGUCCGAUGUUACAUAACGAGAGACAGCGGUGCCGUGAGGUUUUUCUAUGUGACGGUGGAGAAUGAUGAGGCUGAGAGUGCGUAAAGCUCCUCAGCAGCCAAACUUAGGGCGUCGAACCAACCCAACCCCGGCCAAACGGAAACACUGUGAAGUGGAGCCAUCCUCGGUGAGAGGUCGAGGCAAAAUGCAGAAGAAUGAAACAGGCUUGUUCUCCACGAUAAAGAAAUUCAUACGUGGAAAUGCUGUCAAGGUUGAGCAGGACAUCCCCGCCAAGAGGAGUCGUAUCGAUUGUAGUGCUGAUAGCAAUCUCAUCACUUCAACACCACAGACUAGAGGCCUUUCCAAUAAAACCGUCUCCAGAGUUUGCCGGAAAACUCCAACUAAAGACACAAUGACGUGCAGCAGUAAACCCAUUAAACCAAAUGGUAAACUAGAGGCCCCUGUUGAGCCAGCAAGCAGCCCAACACGCACCACCCUGCUGGGAACCAUCUUCUCUCCCGUCUUCAACUUUUUCUCACCAGCGACGAAAACCGCCACUCCUGGUUCAGACUCUCCUGGCCAAGCGAUAGAGGCAGAGGAGAUAAUGAAACAACUGGACAUUGAGCAGGCAGAAGAAAUGCCCAGCAGCACUCUCACGUCCACAGAGGCCAUCACGACGUGUCCCACCGACCCCGUGAUGCCGCCGAGGCUUCAGAUCUCCUCUGACUCAACCAUAGAACAAGCGGAGAUUGUCACUGAAACCGACAUGCCCCCGUUAACAGCAGCUCCUGGUUGUAUGCCAGGCGUCUGUUACCCACACGCGUUACCCUCAGCUCCUCCUGAAACUACAUACGAUGAGGACUGGGAAGUGUUUGACCCGUAUUUCUUCAUCAAGCAUGUGCCUCCGCUGACAGAAGAGCAGUUAACACGCAAGCCAGCGUUACCUCUAAAAACUCGCAGCACGCCCGAGUUCUCUCUCGUCUUAGAUCUGGAUGAAACUCUGGUUCACUGUAGUUUGAAUGAGCUCGAAGACGCAGCACUGACUUUCCCUGUGCUCUUUCAAGAUGUCAUAUACCAGGUGUAUGUUCGGUUGAGACCCUUUUUCCGGGAAUUUCUUGAGCGCAUGUCUCAAAAGUACGAGAUUAUUCUCUUCACGGCUUCAAAGAAAGUCUACGCGGACAAGUUGCUGAACAUCCUGGAUCCCAAGAAACAGUUGGUCAGACAUCGGCUAUUUCGUGAGCACUGUGUAUGUGUUCAAGGAAAUUAUAUUAAAGACCUAAACAUUCUCGGACGGGAUCUUUCCAAGACGAUAAUAAUCGACAACUCACCCCAAGCCUUUGCUUAUCAGCUUUCCAAUGGAAUCCCUAUAGAGAGCUGGUUUGUGGAUAGAAAUGACAAUGAACUUCUAAAGCUUGUUCCGUUCCUGGAGAAGCUUGUGGAGCUGAACCAAGACGUUAGGCCGCACAUUCGAGAGCAGUUUCGUUUGCACCACCUCCUUCCUCCAGACUGAGGACCUCGUGUUCCUCGUUCAGUUCCAGAUUGUAUCAACUAAGGGGAAAAAAACAGACUCCUUGAAGGAUAUAUUUGAAGGACUUUUGUUCGAAAAGAAUUCAUAACCAUUGUGAUCAUUAUUUUUUAAAAACCAUGCAAAAAAAUUGGCCGCUAUGUUGGAGUCAAAAAGUUUCUGGAUGUUUUUAUACGUACGCAGUCGAACGCGCCUCAGAACAAAGCGACCUGCUUGCGGCGGUGAGUUCUUCCCUUUUCACUCGCUUCUUUUUAGUGUGACCAUGAAGAGGGCGGCCUCCUCUAAGGUGUUUUGUCUCUUCGGAACAUUUUGGACAAAAAACUGAAUGUCAUGCAGUGUUGGAUUUUACGGACUUUGUUGGUUUCAGCCUGACCUUGACCGGCCAGUCAAACCUGUAUAAUAUUCACUCUAUUGAAUUGUAAAUAUAUGUACAUAUAUACCUUUUUUUUUUCUUCAAGGUUUUUAAGUCGUUUUAUUUUCACUUUCACAGAUUUUAGUAUGUUUACUUUGAUCGGGUUUCUUUUUUAAAACCAACCAACUGUUAGUGUGUUUUGUUUGAAGUUGUUGAUAAACUGCUGCUUCUCUGUUUGUAUGCCUGCGUUUCUCCUGUGAUGCUUUACUCCAUUACAUGCAGUCGUCUGUAUUAAGGUGCAGUUUUAAAAAAAAAAAGAAUUAUCUUUGGAAGGACAAUGUUUCUGAAAAGAUAUUUUAAUGUAUUUUAAGCUUGAAGAGGGUCUCAACUGAAUACAAAGCCAUAACGGCGGAACAAUACUUUUUUGGAGGGAGAUUUGUAUCUGAGAGUCCAUCUCCGAUCUCAAUACGUCCUCUUUGAUGACGGGAGGU